AAUCUUUUUGAAGUAUGGUAGCUGAGCUACCCGAUGCUGACGUGUGAUGCUGCGUUUAAUAAUUUAUAUAUCAGAUAAUAUUUCCUGUAAUUAUAGCUCUUUUAUAUGUUAUCGAGCUACUAGAACAAUAUAGCACUGCUUCUAGCACUUCAUUUUCCAAACAAUGGCAGAAUAAUACAGUUUAUUAAAUUUAAAAUUACAUUAUGGCUAAUACUUCUCAAGCUAGAGAAAUUUUGCAUGUUGUUCUUCUGUGUUUCAUAUGGUAUGGCGUUAGUUCUGGAAAUGGUGUAAUUCUAAAAACUGUUUUGAAUGAUUUUCCAUAUCCCAUGACUGUUACAAUGGUACAAUUGCUCACUGCUACUGUUUUUUCUGGACCUUUGUUUUCGCUAUGGGGUAUAAGGACUGCGGUUGAAAUAAAUAAAAGUUAUUACUGGAAAUUAAUUGUUCCUUUAGCCUUUGGUAAAUUUUUUGCGUCAGUGUCUUCUCACGUCAGUAUCUGGAAAGUGCCUGUUUCAUACGCACACACCGUCAAAGCUACAAUGCCCUUAUUUACAGUUGUCCUGUCCAGGAUAAUAAUUGGUGAAAAGCAAACAUUCAAGGUGUAUAUUUCCUUGAUACCAAUAAUUAUUGGUGUUUUAAUAGCGACAGCAUCUGAAAUAUCUUUUAACAUGAUAGGUUUGAUAAGUGCCCUUCUUUCCACUAUGGGAUUUUCAUUGCAACAUAUAUUUUCUAAAAAGGUGCUGACUGAAACAGGCAUACAUCACCUAAGACUAUUACAUAUUCUUGCACGACUUGCCCUUGUCUUCUUCUUACCUGUUUGGUUUAUUUAUGAUUUCUGGACUAUACUGUUUGAUGAAAAUCUGUUCCAGGGUAAAGACAAGUUCAUGAUUGCAUUUCUUUUAUUUGUGGAUGGCAUCUGCAAUUUUGCACAAAAUAUAGUUGCCUUUAGUAUUAUUUCUCUAGUAUCCCCUCUGACCUAUUCAGUAUGUAGUACAGCUAAGAGAAUAUCUGUAAUUGCUGUUUCUUUAAUAUUGCUUGGGAAUCCAGUUACAGCAUUUAAUUUCUUUGGGAUGAUGCUUGCAAUAUUUGGUGUUCUUGUAUAUAACAAAGCUAAAUAUGAUGCUAAUCAAGCAAAACUCAAAGCUGCAUCUCUUCCCUAUACUACAAACAGUGAAACAAAUUUACUUUUGAAAUUUGAUGAUUUUCAUCACAGUCCUGUGAUAAAUAAACUCUAUCCACCUGAACUGCCAAAGAAAAAUGGAUAUAUACGAUUGCAUAAACUAAUGAAUGGCUCACCUAGUUUACAAAAUUUGUAAAUUUAUUCAUUUCAAGGCAUGAAAUUUUCCUUUCACAUUUUCAUCUUUUUUAAUAGAUUUAAAAACUGUUAUAAAUAUUUUAUAUUUCAUUUUGCUUUUCAUGAGGAAAACAAAAAUCCAUUUGGUCACUGUAUAGAAAUUUAAAUUUGUUAAAAGAAAAUAUUUUACUUAUUAAUAUACUUAAAAUUUCUGUGCAUGUAUAAAAUUUCGAUACCUUCCAGAUGUGGUAGAUCUUAAAAAUGCACAUUUUGUUUAUAAAGAUCUGUUCCUUGUUAAUAGAAUCUUGUGUGGAUUGUUAUUUAUAAUAUUAGUAGCAUUUUAAACUGUUAUUGACCAUAUAAAUUUAUUUUGAUCCUUUUAUGGGAUAUUGAAAUCUUUUAUAUUCCACCAGGUGUUUUUAAUUUAUCAUCAUUAUGAGAAUCUGAAUUUACGAGCAUAUUUCAGACAGUAAGUGUAUGAAUACUGCAAAAUAAUUGUAUGAUGUCUGUAUAAGUUAACUAAAGGAUCUGAGUGCAUGAUCAGGUUUUUGCUUUUCAGUCAGUAUUACAUACAUUCAAGGAAUAAUUGAAAUUUCUGUCAGAUGCUUUAUGUUAAAUAAUUAUUUAUGAUUAUAUUUUAAAAGAAGUUAUUAGAAAGUAUCAUAAAAGAUUUUCAUAAUACAAGUUGUUUUCUUGAAGAAUUUAAUAAAGUCAAAAGAUUUCUUCUGUAAGUAUAUUUUUUGUGUGCAGUAAGAUUAAUUUUAAAGUUAUAUCUUGCAUAUAUACUUUUGACGAUAAUAUAGUGUGCCAGUGUCAGUCAAUUAUUUUUCUCAUAUGGGGCACCUAAAAUGCUGUUUUUAAGUAUGAAAAUGAAUACAAAUAAUGAAGAAUAUAUGAAUGAAAAUGAUUCUAUUAAUUAAUUUAACCCACAAAAUUUUUAAUUCCACUUAACUUUCAAUGUCUUUCAUAUUCAAACAUGUGAUAAAGUGGUGGGAAAAAGAAAUGAUUAAAAGAAUAGUCACUUUUAUUGGUGCCAUUAAGAAAUAGAUAAAUAAUUAACUAAUAGCAUUAGAUUGUACACUACAUCAUUACCAUAAUUUUGCAUAAACUUAUGGAUUGCAUUUUGUUUUAUUUAUUUGUAUAGUUCAAAUAUUCAAUCUUAAAACAUUGUAAGUUAUAAUUAAAUUGAGUUUUUAAAUGUCUAAAUGUUUUCAUAGUUCUUUGUAUAAUAAAUCAUCUGUCAAUGAAAUAUUUAUACUCUUCUGAUCAUAGAACUUUAAUCAUAAAUUUGUAAAAUUUUCAUUUAUUUUUUGUGAUCUAAUUACAAAUAAUGCAGUACUGAGUAUGCUAAAAAUAUGGUUCUACAUUUACAAUUUACUUAAACAAUUUUGUUAUUUUACAUAAUUUAGGUGUUUUUUCCUUAAAAUAUUUUUUGGAAAUAUUUAUUAUGAUUUUUGCUAUUUUUAUUAUUAAAAAUAUUUUGAAUCUAACUUAUUUAUUUUUGCCGUGAAUAUUUCGUGUAAAUAUUGUUUGGUUUUAAAUUGUUGAAUUUUUAGUAUUUAAUUUUCAAAUUUGUAUAUAGUGCUGGUGUGUUUUUUGCUUUUAUCAUAAAAUUGCUUCUAUGCAUACCUUAACUAAACUACUACAUUAUAUACUUUUUAAUUUAUUUUUUUUUCUUCUUCAUUAGAUAUAAAAAUGUUUGAUAACCAUUAGUUAGAAAAAUUGAUGAAGUUUUGUUAAAAUAUCUGAAAAUUAAAUUAUAAGCAUUUAUUAUUCUUGAAUGCUAUUUAUUAUAUUUAUAUAAAUAAAUAACAUAAGUAAAACUUCCAAACUUCAUAAAAUGAAUUCUUAACAUUAGUUUGUGAAGUUUGCUGUAAAUUUUGCAUGAAAUAAGGGUUUUAUGUAGUUUCAAAUUCUUUUGAUUUAUGCGUAUAGUUGAAUAUGUAUUAUAUAGUAUGUAUCACAUAUUUAAAAUUUGAAACUAUGUUGUUUGCUUUUCUAAAUUUUAGAAACCUUUAUCUUUCAAUAAUGUUAAAAGUAUGAAUAUUUUUAAUUUAUCAUUUAUUUAUCACAUUAAAAAUUCAUAGAUUUUAUGAUUGAUAAAUGUUUUAAAUAUAAAUUUUGAUAUAAAGAAAAGAAGGCAUUUAUCUCUUAUAAAUUAUCUGAAUCUAUUUGAGGUAGAUAAAACAAAUCAAAUAAUUUUAAAGAAUUAGCGAGUAGCUGAUUUUGUAAUAUUUUGUAAAAUAAAUUUUUGGUUAAGUAUUGAAAGGCUAAUAAAAUGUAACUUUCUGUAGCAGUUUAAUAGUAUGUCAAUUAUGCAUAUGGGAGAAAAAAUUCAGUCUGAAAAUUCUUAUUCUCAUGUUUAAAAAAUUAUCAAUGUUAUUUUUAAACUAAGCUUAAAGCAUUUAAGAGCAUUGAACAAAAGGUUUUAAAUUUUCUUCAAGUUUCAAAAAUGUAUUUAUGCAUUUAAUGAGUAGUAUAAACAAUUGUUAUGUUUCAUUAUGAGUACAGUUUUCAUCAACUGUUGAAAUACAUUAAUAUAAAGUUUCUGUAUGAGAAUUUUACUCAUGAAUAGUCAUGGGGGUAUGUAAAUUUUGCCAUCAUGAUUGUAUAUUUUUAGAACAUUUUAAAACUUUUCAGCUAUUUUUGCUUGUUUCAUGACUGAUAUGUUUGUUUUUAUAUUCUAAGAAGAUGUAAGGGUAAAUGUAGGCAUGAAGCAAAUGUUGAUUAUAGUAAUAUUUCAAAAAUUUUCAAACUCUAUCCCAAAUAUUCAGAUUUAUAGAAUAAAUUCUUUAUAUAUUCAAA